UUACUGGACAUCAUUGCACUGCGCUGCCCUAGUAUAAAGGACAUUAUACUAAGAGUGAAAGGAGAGCUCCCUAAGGAGUCACAUGAACUGCUCACUCCUAGUUGUUUCCUAUUGGCCUCGAAAAUAUUAUCCUGCAAAACUCCAAUCCUUCCUCACCAAGGUCUGGCCGUCUUCCUCCUCUUAGCCCACUGGAAGCCACAGCUGAAUAUUACUGCUCCUGGCCUACACUCGGCUUUAAAUUUCAGCUUUUCACUUUCAGCUGUCCGGAUCAUGGCUCUGCCAUUCAUCUUGAUCCUCGCCAUUUGCCCUGGACCUGGCAUCUCCGGAACUUCACCCAGAGUACGACUGGUGGGAGGUCCCCACCACUGUGAAGGGCGAGUGGAAGUGGAAUGGGAUGGCCAGUGGGGCACAGUGUGUGAUGAUGGCUGGGGCCUGGAGGAUGUGGCUGUGGUGUGCCGGGAGCUGGGCUGUGGAACAGCCAAGAAAUCUCCUAGUGGUACUAUGUAUGAGCCUUUGGCAGAAAAGAAUCAGCCUGUCCUCAGCCAAAAUGUCAAUUGCAAUGGGAUGGAAGACACACUGGCUGAAUGCGAGCAAGAUAAAGAUGUUUUUAAUUGUGGACAUGAAGAGGAUGCUGGGGCAUCAUGUGAGAUGCCAGGAAGCUCUUCCACUUCAGAGCUAGAAAGCUCCUCCACAGUCCCAGAGAUCCCUUUCUUCCUGGUCCCAAAGAGUGUGCGGCUAGUCGAUGGCCCUGGACACUGUGCUGGGCGAGUGGAGGUGCAGCAUGAAGGCCAGUGGAGCACUGCGUGCAAAAGAGGAUGGAACCUCCAGGCGGCCAAGGUGUUGUGUCGGCAGCUGGGAUGCGGGAGGGCCCUGAUCGCCCGAAGACAAUGCAACAAGACCAUCCAGGAUCAAGUGUCCAUCUGGAUGAGCAAGAUCAAAUGCUCAGGACAAGAAGCCACCAUUCAGGACUGUGAUUCUGGGCCUUUAAAGAGGAACAGCUGUAGCCAUUAUGAUGACACAUGGGUAGAAUGCGAAGAUGCCUGUGAGCUGAAGCUGGUAGGAGGAGACAGCAUGUGCUCUGGGCGACUAGAAGUACUACAUAAGGACAAAUGGGGCACUGUCUGUGAUGACAAUUGGGGAGACUUGGAAGACCAAGUGGUAUGCAAGCAACUGGGCUGUGGAAAGCCCCUUGUUUCACCCUCCAGGAAAAGAUAUGCUCCUGGGGCUGGCCGCAUCUGGCUGGAUGAUGUUCGUUGCUCAGGGAAGGAGCAGUCCCUCGACCAGUGCAAGCACAGGGUUUGGGGGUAUCAUGACUGUGACCACAAGGAAGAUGUAGGUGUGACCUGCUCAGAAUAAUAUCCUGGCCAUCUUGAUGUUUUACCUGGCCUCUGGGGGCCUUGUAUGUCCCCUGGAUGUUCAUCUGAACCCUAAUUAUUCUAGCAUCAAAUUGGACCCCCACUUCUGCCACCACUUCCUCUGCCACUCAGGAAUUUUAACUCUGCGCUUAGAUCUUGAUCUAGGGACAAGAACCUGUUCAUUGUUGCCAGGACAUAGCAGCUGUUGAAUUCUCUUUUUGAAGAAAAUGAGCCUUCCUUUGUCCUUGCUUACCCUGACUGCUUUGCACUGUUUGUGGCCUCUAUUGUCUCUUCCCACCUGCCUGCUAUCCGCAGGCCUGCCUCUUGGACCAGAUAUAUAAUCCACUGUUAAGGAAAUACCAGUGUCUGUAAACCACAUCAAAGGAAAGAAACCUCAAAAAGAACAUUUUAAAGGACAUAUGAGUAGAUGAGUUUUUGGAAUCUGAGAAAAUGGAAUCUUUAUGAACCCUUGUUGUCAAUCUUUAGCUGAUCACAGCAAAUAAUACCACCUCAUUGUUUUGCUAUUUCUUGGGGAAGGUAGACUACUCCUUCAGCCUCAGAGCAAUGUUCUCUAGCUCCAGGAUUUUCUGGGACACAUAGUAAAAAAUGUUUUUCCUCUGAGUAUUCUAGUAAACUAUCUUUCUUGUCCACUUCUGUGCCACCAGACAACAUGGUUGGCAUUUAACAAAAGUAAUCUCACAAAUGCAUUUUACUUUAUCCAAAGAAAAGUGUAUUUGUUAAUGAGAAAAGGUCAGGAGAGAGGUAGAAAGUGACUGGGAGGACUACAGUUGUAUCUCAUGGUACUCAGAAAGUAUUAUUUUCAUUUUAUCAACAGAGACUUUGGAGCCUAUAAAUUUUAGGCAAGAUAGAAUGAGACUUAAGAGAGAAUUGAAAUUUACUUGUAAAUCUCAACAACUUUAGAUUCUGAAAUUAAGCUGAUGCUAAUACUAGGGUUAGCUUUACGCUAAUAAAUUGGAUCUUGCAAUUUCAACAGUUGCCUGUAUGAGAUGCUCUUUUUUCUCACUGGGAAACAAGUAUGUCAGCUCAUCAGUGAGGAGAUUUUGGACAGGAUUAGCUACAAGAAAACCUGCCAGCAAGUACAACCAUAUGUAUAGUACAACUCUUCUCUGGGUAGGGAAUUUCUUUUCAUUUCCUGUUCCAUUAAUUCUGCCAUUCUUGUUUUCCUUUUUACAAAAUCACCUUAUAUUUUUUAUUACCAUGUAUUAAUUGUGCUUAUUAGUGGGGCUCAGUGUGACAUUUCAACACAUGCAUAUGGUAGGCAUGGACCAAAUCCAACCUUUCUUUAUUUACCCUGCCCUCUUCCAUUCUUCCCUAGCUCUAGUUAUCAUUAUUGUAUAUUUAGAUGUAUUUUUAUUCAGUUUCCAUAUGUGUGAGAGAGAAUGUGAUACUUUUCUAUGCUUGACUUGUUUCAGUUGACCUAAUCUCUGCUUACAUUUAGGAUUUAUGGCUAAAUAAAAUUUCAGUGUCUGUA